AUGGAGCACGGUUGGUGGGCUGUGCUGCCCUGCAAGACGAGGCAGACACAGACCGAAAUUCACUGUGAGAGAGGGAAGCAGCGCAAGAUGUCCCGGGGUGGCGGUGGCGGGCAAGGGGCUUCCAAAGGUACGCCUGGGCCUCUGAAGAGAGGCCUCAAUGUCCAGAGCUCAGAUGGCCACCUAAAUAAGAGAUUCCGCCCCUACAAACGUGGCAUCCCUAUGUCUGGUCGCAGUCACAAUGCCAUUCCCAGCGACUACAGCUCGACUGGAGGGGUGUCUCAGCUCCGUAAGAGAAGAGGUUCCGGUGCCUCAUCCUUCUCCAUCCCCACCUCGUGCUACAUGAAGACAAUAGAGAGGCCAGCAAAGAAAAUGAGAGAAGAGGAGCUUCCUCCUAACUCUGGCUCCUCAGCUCCCUUGGGAAGUGACACGCAGUCCCAGGGAGAACAGGCUACAACCACAUCUGGGAAGGCCAACUCCAGGGAUUCUCCACCCAGCAGCACCCGGCCACGCAAACGCAAAUUCCAACUGGUGCCCUCCAGGCGAGGGAUCCCGCUUAUCUUGCCUGAAACACCCAUCCUCGGCUAUCCCAUCACAGUCGAGGAUUAUGAGCAAGUUCAGACCGACUGGGUGAAGACCAUCUUCGAGGAUAAGACUGGUGAGGAAUACGGGUUAAUUUCACACCCCAGAGAUGGUUCCCUUUGGUUUUAUUUUGGUCUUUCUCCUCUGAGAAAUCCAGCUCUUGGGUUCUCAGUGGACUCCGAGCACAGUGAGCACUGA